AACCAGAUUACAACCUCCCGGCUGCAGUUCCGUUCUGUGCUAGCUGGAUUAGCGUCACAAGGCGCGUGCGGCGGUCUGGGGUUGAGUGUUGUGUCUUUGGCCGUUGCUGUGGAAGCGUCAUCAACUGUGAUUAGCAUAGCGAGGGAAAAGGAGUUCAGCAGCAUCAGGCACGGCAGUGUAGUUAAACAACGCCAUUUCGUAUGAGUUUAACUUCUUUACUAAGAAGAGUGCAGACUGAGUAAUAUAAGGCUCUUCGCCUGAGGUAAGCGACGAAAGCUGUCACCGGUGAACAAAUCUGUUUAGUUUCUUCCUUGAUUCCACAGGCUAACUUUAGCAGCUAGCCAUGUGUAGGUAACGUUAGCUAGUGUAGGUUUGGCGUGUGGCUUUCCAGCUGCGCUUCUCUACGAAGUGUCUUAACUGUAUCUGUUGCUCUCAUAACUACAACAGAACGUUAAGUUUGAUUGUAGUGUCGUUGACGAGUCACUGGGAAUGUCAUCGCCUCCAUAUGGCCGCAGAAGUCACGAUGGAUCAGCGAGCAACUCCGGCAGCGACGCAGAGCACGAGCCAAGGCUCCCUCUCAAUCAGUUAUAUCCUUAUAUCUGUUGUGCUCUCUGCUGCGGCUUCUUCAUCGACGCCACCACCAUCACUGAGUGCCUGCACACAUUUUGCAAAAGCUGCAUUGUGAAGCACUUCUUCUGCAGCAACAGGUGCCCCACAUGCAGCAUUGUGGUUCACCAGACACAACCACUAUACAACAUCAGGCCUGACAGACAGCUGCAGGAUAUUGUUUACAAAAUGGUUCCAUUCCUUGAAGAGAUGGAAAGAGAACAAAUGUGUAAAUUCUACAGAGAGAGGGGCCUGGAGGUACCAAAAGCAGUGACUACCUCCCAUCCAGGCCGUGCUGUGUUUAAGAGGCAGAAGAAGGAUAACAUUCCCCAGUCUGUGUUCACCAUUCCCCCUGAGCUGGAUGUGUCUCUGCUGCUGGAGUUUGUCGGGGCUGAAGAAGGCAUUAACAACUACAAGCCGUUAGAGAGGCGUUAUGUUCGUGUGUCUGGUGAGGCCACCAUUCGCCAUGUGGAGUUGUUCAUCAGGAGGAAGAUGGAGCUUAGCCCAACCUGCCAGGUCGAUGUGGUUUGUGGAGAUCACCUCCUCGAAAACUACCAGCUACUCAAAGAUGUACAGAAAUCUGUGGGAAGAGAGGCUCUACAGGAUGGUUUGCUGGUUCUGCACUUUGGCUUGGUCCUGCCACAUCAUUCUUGAGUUGAGCAGAUGGAUGAUGGGAACUAAGCGAGGGAGUGAACUGAAAUGUACACUGUUAUUUUCAU